AUGCCGGGAGGCGAGCGAGCCGAGACGAUGCGCCUCUACUUCCACGCCGUGCUCUCCAGGGACUUCGGCCCCUUCGACGACGGCAGGGACCGCGUGGUGCUGAGGUCGGCCGACUUGUGCCGUGAUCCCACGUGGGAUGAGGACGUCAUGCAGCUGCACGUGACCGGAUCCAUCGAAGACUUCGGUCUGCUCGUCGACGGCGUGAUGGAGGUGAGCGUGAGCACCGUGCACAACAGGCGCAUCGCCUACAGGUACGCGCUGCUCAGGGGUGACACGGAAACGCCCGAGUUCAUCUGCAAGGCCGACGGCGCGAGAGUCGGUCGCCUGAACCGCAGCAUGCAAGUCUGGGACCAGUGUAUCCAGCGCAAGGAGGACUGGCACCAGUACGACGACCUCAUCCGUGCCCCUCCGGCGGGCGGCAUCGCCGGGUGGCUGAGGAGCGCGGCGGACAAGGCGAAAGUCGCGAGGGACAUGGAGAUGGGCAAGCGCAUCUCCGGCAGAGUCCACCUCGAGCGCAUCCUCGGGUUCGUGCAAGGCUGGACGCGCCCUGGACUCGACGAGUUCCACUCACUCGUGGAGCAGCUCGCGGUCUGCUACAGCGAGGAGUGGGUCCACGAGGGCCACCACAGACCCUGGCAUGGCCUGGACUUCGGCCCGCCGCAGGUCGACAAACUGGUGAGCGAGCUGGUGGUGAGGAUCCUGCGGCCGCACUCCGAGUUUCGCUCCGAUCCGUCGUGCCGUCCCUCCGUCGCAUCCAGGGAGCAGUCGGCCCUCUUGGCCGCGAGCCUCCUGCAUCUGCGCGACGUUCCGGUGCCCGCCGAGUGGCUGUCGAUCGCGUGCCGCCUACUGGCGCCGCUGCCGCCACGCGCCAGCUGUAUUGAGCAGAGCAGGGCGAGCGUCCAGGCGACGUGCGCCAAGCUGCGCAUCCACCCUAGGCCUGUCGCCGUGCUGGUCGGCCUCUGCGCACGCUGCAUCGCGGCCGGGGUCGUCGACUGGCUCCUGACUCUGCCUGUGCUCCACUUGCUGAGGGGGCACGUGGAGCCCUUUGGCCCCGUCGUGAAGGAGGAGGAGGAGGAACAGCAGGAGGACAUCUGGGCCGGGCUUGAGGGCAUCCCGUACGUCGACACGAGGAAUCACAUCCGCCAAGACGAGGAGGGCAAGCGGCGACUGGUGGAGCUGCUGGUGGAGCACUCGUUCCUGCUCGACAUGGAUCGGCUGCUGUCUCGGAGCGUGCUGUGCGUGAUGCCCUCCUCCGGCGUGGCGGCCAUCGUGGACGUUCUGCCGCUGGUGCCCCUGGACGUCGUGCGGACGGCCUGCUACCGCCUGCGCGUCUUCUCGUGCAGGAGACCCACCAAGGCUGAGGAACAAGCCCUCGUGGAAACGCUACAGAGUGCCACGAGUUCGAUCGAGAGCACUCGGAGGAAGAGGUCGCCAGGGCUGGGAGGCGACGGCGUGGCCGUGCUGGAGCAGUCGACACGUGCCGUAGAGCUCACCUGCGCGGUGGCCCACACCUCCGCGGAGAUCCUGCUCGGCAGCCUGAGGCUGCUUCGGGCCAGCGUGGACGCGGCAGGACUUGAGUCCGCCAGUCGCCCGCAGGCACCAUCACAGCCAUCGCCGUCACCGCCGCCACCACCGCCAAGAACACCGUUUCAAAACCAGACGCAGGAUGGCUCCGGGGGGCCAACGGCCGACCCCCAGGGCCCCGUCGGGGAGCCAGCGGUGCGGGCCUGCUGGGAGGCCCUGGAGCGGGUGGCGCUGUGCGUCACCACCCUGCUGCCCGACCGUCUGCUGGUGCCGCAAAGCGCCAAUGCUGCACUGCAGGAGCCGCUCGAGCUGGAGAACGGGAACGUGAUGGAGUUUGAGGAGUGA